CGGUCGUUUUACACUACUCGGAGUCGGGACAAAAUUGACUCAACAAAUCCUCUCUCUCUCUCUCUCUCUCUCUCUCUCUCUCUCUCUCUCUCUCUCUACCAACUGGAGUGGACUGUGGAGUACCAUCCAUCAAUGGCUCGCUCGCUAGUACCUCUCAUGCGGCUCCGUUCAACCCUCCGCAGCUAUUCUCCGACGCCGGCGGCCCCUUCUUCCUCUCGCCUCUUCUGCACCAAAUCCACCCCUCGCGGCCGUUGUUUCCUCGCCGUUGCACCCCCCACCGUCCCCGAGUUCCACUCCUCUUCGUACUUCGAAUCCGAGGACAACGUAUUCAUUCGGGUCUUGAUGCCCGGAGUGGCGGAGGAGGAUGUUGACGUCCACUUUGAGCGGAACAACGUGGUGAUCCAUGGCCUCAGGAAGAAGGAGGCGUACGAGGAGGGCGACACCGUGCACGUCAGCGACUUCGGCCUCCGCGUCGGGGCCGCGGAGCACUUGAAGCUCUCAGAGAUGAAGGUUGUGAUGAACAAUGGCAUUCUCAAGGUGGUGAUCCCCAAGGCGGCCAAGGGAGGCGGUGGAGGUUUUUUUUGAGUACUGAGAAAUUUGGAAUUUAAUUAGUCCCGUAGGUUUUUUCCUUCCUUUUUUUGGGUGCUUUUUAUAUUUUUUUUUUCCUGUUUCUGUUGUGAACUCCGCGCUUCUGAUGCCUAGCUAGUUUGUUUGUUAAUGAAUGGCGGUGUUCAAAGA